AUGUCUCUACUUCGAUCGUCCAUCUGCCGGGCUUGCAGGCGCUCUUCACCGCUGAGGGUGCACAGAGGCUUUGCAACGGCCAGCCGCCCUCCGACGUCAUCCGACAGCCGAGUCAGGAUCGUGGAAGUCGGCCCACGAGACGGACUGCAGAACGAGAAAAAGGCCAUUUCGCUGGCAACCAAGAUUGAGCUGAUUGAGCGAUUGGCCAAGACGGGAUUGACGACGAUUGAAGCCGGUUCCUUUGUAGCGCCGAAAUGGGUGCCGCAGAUGGCCAACUCGAGCGAGAUCAUGGAGCAUAUCCUACAACAGAAGAUUGAGGCCCCCGUUCCCAUCACCUACUCCUUCCUCGCGCCGAAUAGAAAGGGAUUUCAAAGUGCAGAAGCGCUAUUGAAACAGAACCCCGGCAGAUUUGCUACACUACUAGAGCCCGAUGUUAAGAAGCCGGCGGUGGAAGUGGCCGUCUUUGCUGCCGCUACGGAGAGCUUCUCGCAGAAGAACCUCAACUGCGACAUCAAGACUUCGCUAGACCGAUUCAAGGCUGUCAUUCAGGACUCCAAGGCGCUGGGACUCCGUGUUCGAGCCUACAUCUCAGUGGUGCUGGGCUGUCCGUUCGAGGGCUUCGAUGUUGAUCCUCACAAGGUGGCUGAGAUUGCCACUGACCUGCUGGAGUCUGGAGCCGACGAGAUUUCGCUUGGCGACACCACUGGCAUGGGUACAGCUCCCCGGACGAGCGCACUGCUCAAAUGCAUGAGUGCGGCAGGUAUCCGCACGGAGGACAUUGCGAUGCACUUUCACGACACGUAUGGACAGGCGCUAGUCAACACGGCUGUGUCACUAGAGCAUGGAAUCCGAACAUUCGACAGCAGCGUGGGCGGACUGGGUGGCUGCCCUUACAGCCCUGGAGCGACGGGUAACGUGGCGACGGAGAACAUGGUUUACUUUAUGGAGAGUUUGGGCAUGGAGACGGGUGUUGAUUUGGAUGACAUGGCGGAUAUUGGAGCUUGGAUUACGCAGGAGAUUGGCAAGCCGAAUGAUAGCUCGGGUUCAAUGGCGGACCCACGCAAUUCGUCAUCCUACUCAGUUGUGCCGCAACUGCAGUACAACACCGUGAGCGGUGUCAAUGGUCCUCUGGUUAUUGUCGAGAAUGUCAAAUUCCCGCGAUACAAUGAGAUCGUUACGCUUACGCUGCCCGACGGAACGGAGAGAAACGGACAAGUUCUGGAAGCCCGAGGUGACCGAGCUGUCGUCCAGGUCUUUGAGGGUACUCCCGGUAUCGAUGUGAAGAAGACUCGUGUCAAGUUUACCGGUCAGAACCUUAAGCUCGGUGUCUCGGAGGACAUGCUUGGCCGUAUCUUUGAUGGAUCUGGACGAGCCAUCGACAAGGGUCCUAAGGUGCUGCCAGAAGAGUACCUCGAUAUCAACGGCAGUCCCAUUAACCCCUUCUCUCGAGAAUACCCCGAAGAAAUGAUCGCGACUGGUAUUUCGGCCAUCGAUACGAUGAACUCGAUCGCUCGAGGACAAAAGAUUCCCAUUUUCUCAGCCUCUGGUCUGCCUCACAACGAGAUUGCUGCUCAGAUUUGCCGACAGGCUGGCUUGGUCAAGCAGCAGGGAAUCACCAACAAGGGUGUUCAUGACGGCCACGAGGAGAACUUCUCCAUCGUGUUCGGUGCCAUGGGUGUCAACAUGGAGACUGCUCGAUUCUUUACCCGUGAUUUCGAAGAGAACGGCAGUCUGGAGCGUACUACUCUGUUCCUCAACCUUGCUAACGAUCCUACUAUCGAGCGUAUUAUUACUCCUCGUCUUGCCCUUACGACAGCCGAGUACUACGCCUACCAGCUCGAGAAGCACGUCUUGGUCAUCUUGACUGAUUUGUCGGCCUACUGCGAUGCUCUUCGUGAGGUUUCCGCAGCUCGAGAAGAAGUUCCCGGUCGUCGUGGUUUCCCCGGUUACAUGUACACGGAUUUGUCGACCAUUUACGAACGAGCUGGCCGUGUGACUGGACGAAACGGCUCCAUCACCCAGAUCCCCAUCUUGACCAUGCCCAACGACGAUAUUACUCACCCCAUCCCCGAUUUGACAGGAUACAUUACCGAAGGACAGAUCUUUGUCGACCGUCCUCUGUACAACCGUGGUAUCUACCCGCCCAUCAACGUGCUGCCUUCGCUGUCACGUUUGAUGAAGUCUGCUAUUGGUGAGGGUAUGACGCGCAAGGACCACGGUGAUGUGUCCAACCAGCUGUAUGCCAAGUACGCCAUUGGCCGUGAUGCCGCCGCCAUGAAGGCUGUCGUUGGUGAGGAGGCUCUGUCAUCCGAGGACAAGCUGUCGCUUGAGUUCCUGGACAAGUUUGAGCGCCAGUUCAUCAGCCAAGGCGCGUACGAGUCCCGAUCGAUCUACGAGUCCCUGGAUCUGGCCUGGAGCCUGCUCCGUAUCUACCCCAAGGACUUGCUCAACCGUAUCCCUGCCAAGAUCCUCAAUGAGUUCUACCAGCGAUCUCAAAAGGACGCCAAGGCAAAGGGCAAGGCGCGAGCCGAGGUUGCCUCAAACGACAGGCAGCAGGCUGAGGAGAACCUGAUUGACGCAUAG